UCCCCUGAAAUUGAUCGUCUUGCAAUUUAAGAGAAGACCAGUUUUGAGUUUUGACUACAGAAAAUCAACCGUUCUGGUUAUUAGAAAAAACAGUAAAAUAAACCGUUCUAAGAACAUCACGGAAAUGACAGGUUUGCCGUGCCGAGUUGGAGACCAUAUGAAAUCUGUAUCAAAGUUCUGGUGACAGUAACGUAUUUCCACCGACAAAAGCUCAUCAAAACCUUUUAACAAUGGCGCUGCAGUUCCAGAAAAUACUAUAUUAUUGUAAUAAAUCACAAGUAAGUUUCAUCGACCCAUCAUCUUCCCGGGGCGUCAUUUCAGGUUGGUUUCUGAUUCAUCCCUUCAUCGCCUGCCCAUUUUUAGUUUCUGUCACUGUUGUCAACCCCCCUGUUUUCGUUUGCCAAGAAGGAAGAAGAUGUGGAUUUUUGGGUGGAAGGGAGCAUCUGGGUUUUCAGCUCGUUCCACAGCUGAAGAAGUUACUGACGGAAUCGAUGCAACUGGCCUCACUGCUAUCGUCACAGGAGCAUCAAAUGGAAUUGGGGUGGAGACUGCAAGAGUCCUAGCUAUGCGCGGUGCUCAUGUGUUCAUGGCAGUAAGAAAUGUUGAUGCUGGGAAAAGUGUGAAAGAAGCAAUCCUCAAAGAAAUCCCCACGGCUAAGCUUGACGUUAUGCACUUGGAUCUCAGUUCAUUGGCAUCAGUGAAGAGAUUCGCGUCGGAAUACGUUUCUUCAGGCCUUCCACUGAAUCUGUUGAUUAACAAUGCAGGCAUGAUGUGCCCUUACAUGCUCUCCACUGACAACAUAGAGAUGCAGUUCGCCACCAACCACGUUGGACAUUUUCUGUUGACACAUCUUCUGUUGGAAAGAAUGAAAUCUACUGCUCGUGAAAGUAAUCAGGAAGGAAGGAUUGUGAAUCUAUCAUCAGAAGGUCAUCGGUUUGUUUACAAGGAAGGGAUUCGUUUCGACAAGAUCAACAACGAAGCAGAGUACAACAAAUUUCUCGCUUAUGGGCAGUCAAAGCUUGCUAACAUUCUUCAUGCUAAUGAGCUUGCGAGGCGCCUUAAGGAGGAAGGAAUCAACAUAACAGCGAACUCACUUCACCCUGGAGCCGUUGCUACAAACUUCUUUCGCAAUCUUGGUGUUAUUGGGGCCAUUACAAAUCUCGCCGGUAAAUAUGUGCUAAAAAAUCUUCCACAGGGAGCUGCAACUACAUGCUAUACGGCACUGCAUCCACAAAUGAAGGCGGUGACGGGUGAAUACUUGUGCGACAGUAACUUAUACAAACCAAGCCCUCAGGCCAAGGAUGAUGAACUGGCUAAGAAACUCUGGGAUUUCAGCUUAGAUUUGGUCCACCCUUUCUGCUGAAGUAACUUCCCAUGUCUUACACAAGUUACAUUUAUGUUGCAAUAUACUGAACACAGCAGA